AUGAGACGCUACCAGACGGUUUCUAGGCAAGCCUAUACACCCGGGAGAAGACCGAUUGUUCUUUGUCGACUUUUGGACGACAUCUUGAAGCGAACGAGAAAGCCAAGGGACUUUAUUAGAGGGGAGCCAAUGAUGGAUUCCACAACCAGUAUCCUAGCUCGAACGGGACUCCAGUAUUCUGCUAGUUCAGUCACAGCCGCGGGAUUAGCGGCGGGGCAGGCUCAGGACACACGAAGGACUUUGUUAGCCGCUGGGGCGGCUCAGAACGGGUGGCCAGGUGCGGGGGCAUACAGUGCAUCAGAAAGUUCCGCUCACACACCCUGCAACUUCCCACCGUAUAGUAAUCUAACGGCCUCAGCCAGUGCGAAUGCACACAAAGCUAGCUCCUACCCAGGAGUUCCAAGUAGCAUGGACUUGAUGACCAACUGCCAACAAAUGCAGCUAAAUACCCUGAACUCUCUUCCCCCGCGUACAUUUCCCUUCUAUGGAGAUAUGUAUCAACCUGGUCACGCAGUAAUGGGCGGUGGGGGUAUUUUCUCAGACCUCGCCCAGACCAUGCCCGCCUUACCACGUUUCGACGACAGUGGAGCCUACCUAAACGAUACAUCAAACACAAGCAAUGAGCCCAGACAACGGAAGAAACGCAAGCCCUAUACAAGGUACCAACUGAUGGUAUUAGAGAAUGAGUUCAUGAACAGUAGUUUCCUAACGCGCCAGAGCAGGUGGGAAAUAGCCUGCAAGCUUCAACUAACAGAGCGCCAGAUACUUCAUCCAUUUUCAGAACCACGCCAAAGAAAAAAGCGAAAACCAUACACCCGGUAUCAGACAAUGGUAUUAGAAAAUGAAUUUCUGAACAAUAGUUAUAUCACAAGGCAGAAGCGUUGGGAAAUAUCGUGCAAACUGCAUCUGAGUGAGAGACAGGUGAAGGUCUGGUUCCAAAACCGACGCAUGAAGAGAAAGAAAAUGAAUGACAGAGUAAAAAUGCUCGUCAAAGAUGAGACAAUAAAUGGCGUUGGAAUGAGCCAUGUUGAACCAAGUCACAUGCAAGUGUGAUCACGCAUCAGCAGCGGGAUUGUAUAUAAAAAGAGUCAUACAAACGUGGGUGUGUACUGAAUGAUGGAUGUGGAUGAAAUUAAGUGUUGAUGGACUAGUAUUUAUAAAAUACAAUGUUGCAGUUGGAACCCCAACUGAGGAGGCUUUCAGGGAAGAUAGUAUUAUUUGCCUCAACUUAAGGCGUUCACCAACUAACCAUCGCUUCUGAUGUUUAGAGUGUAUAUAUUAUAACAUCAUUUGCGAACCUCGGAGUCAUUGAAUUAAGCGGCAAGAAGCCGAGCAUGGCUGGUGUACGCCAUGGUAUCACCACGUUGUACUUCCUUUAUAGUAAUAGAUCGUUUAGGUGUAGAGUCGAUAUCUGUAUAGUAAAUAUUAAUAUAUUCUAUGAUUAACAAGUAUAUGUAGAAAAAAGCAUUGUUUCGUGUGGUCAACCUAUGUAUUCUAAAGACUAUGUUCUCCUUGUAAAUCACCAUUAACAUUUUCAUUUGUAUAUAGAUCAUUAUGAAUAACAUUUUUAAAUGUCAAACCACUGCGAAACAGAUCUGAUUGUAAAUCAGAAAGAUAUUUAUUUGAAAAGUUCCAACAAGUUGUAUGGUAUUAUGAAUAUGUGUGCUUUAUCGUAGUUUAAAUGCUAAAUUACGGACGAGUUAAUUGCGGGUUAAAUAUAUUAUGAUAUGUUUCAUUGUGGGAGUUUACAUAAAAUCCUCAUUUAGUAAACAUAAACACCGCCAUGGAAUAUAGAAUAUACGCUGAUUAAUCAUUGGGUUGAUUUUUAUAACUGAUCCUAAAGGGAUAUACAUCUCUCGUAAAGUCUACCAGGACUGUAAUAAAAUUCAUAUUAAUUUAAUUGGAGGUCUCAAUUUAUGAUGACCUUCACAACACAUCAACAAGACAAAUUUGCUGAAACUUAUGGUGAAGUUCAACUUUAUAAAAAAGCACUGAAAACUUACAGAAUAAAUAUAUGACUGAAACACCCCUAGGGGUAAAUUUGAUGGUGCCGUCACGUGAUAUCCAGCUAUCGGGUUGCAAUAUAUGUCGCCCACCCCGAGAUUACGUUUAUCUUAUAUCCUCUUUUUAUAACUGGCCUAAGGAUGAUAUACAUCUACUUAAAUUGCUGGAAAAACACAUGGCCAUAAUCAGUGUAGGAGCAUGCAGCUUCUUAAAUGCUAAAAGGGAGCCACCUCAAAACAUGUUGAUGUCCUUCGGUACUGUACUUGCAAUCCUGAUAGAAUAUAUGAUUUUUAAAUACAAAAUGAUUUGUUAUGAUUAAGUUAGAUUUGCUCAAUGCAUAUUAUACACAUGUCUCAUGAAACAAUAAUUUAGGAUGUGAAAUAGCACCAGUGAUCACUAUUCAAUAC